AUUGGUUACAAGUGCGAGGAAUCGCGCGAGAAUUGAGUUUAUUUACUUAGGAUAUUCAAAUAGUUUCUUUAAAAACUUGAGUCCCAAAUCAUAAGGCAUGCGACACGAUGUGUUACUUUCUACUGUAGAGACCCAAUUAAUGUCAGAAGUCUCUCGAGUCUACAAGGAAACCAAUUCAUUGUCUGAUGAAUUGUUAUCCGCGCUUCAGUUCAUUUACCAGACAAGCCUCAUGCCUGCACUUGAUAUCAUUGAUAGAAAAGCUGUUACUCUGCUAGAGUGCCCAAGUAAACGCCAAUUAUACACAGUAAUGGGCACUUCAGGAAUUGUGUAUAUUUGUUUCCCUGACAGCAAAUAUUGUUCCUGUCCUGCUUAUAACUAUUCAGUCCUUUUGAAAGAUGACCACAUUAUGUGCAAGCAUAUUUUGGCCAUAAAACUUUCUAAUGCCAUGAAUGUCACUGUGAGACGCAAUAUAUCUGACAAAGAGAUGAGAGCUACGCUGUUGCAUAUGGAAUAAAUGAAGUGCACCAGAAUCAAAUCUGAAAACAAUGAAUGCCUUGGUGACAAUGAAGGGUGACAAUGAAGAUGUUGAAACCAGCAAAAUGAGAAUAUUAACAAUUCAGAAGAUAAAAUACUUUACAGUGUAUUCUUUACUCUAAUUGUUAAACAUAAAUGUCAACCAAAUAUUCUUAGAAGGGCAAUAUCUCAUGAGUUAGGCAUGAACUCCUAAAAGACACACAGCAUUUGAGGACUCUUAAAUGCCCUAGAACUCUGAGUAUUUAGCAAUCAGUGAAAUUAUCCCUUUCUAUGUCUAUUGGAGGUAGUCUGGGAUUUUCAUGUGUGUAUAGCAACAGAAACAUUUCAAAUAUGAAAGCAGUACACUAAUGUGGAUUGCUUUUGUGCUGUGUAGUAAGGUCAAAGUUGAAAUAACAACUUAAAAUUUAAUUGGUAUGCAGUUUUGGUUGUAUAUGAAUGACAUUGCCAGUCAGAGACUGUGAAGCUUAAAGUUUGUGGUAAUUUUUAAGGACAAAUUAUUUGCUACGCUUGUAAAUAAAAUAAAUAUUUUUUAUUCAUUCUCA